AUGUCGGUGAAGUUUUCCUACCUUUAUGGCAUCAGUGCCCAAUGUGCCCUAGAGUUUCCAUUUGAGAGAAAAGAGACCCCAAGAUCUUUACAAGCUAUCUGGCUGGAAAAGGCCCAGAGUCAAAGAAGCCAGAAAGCACCUCCAGCUGGCUGGGAGCUGAUCGAACCAACGUUGGAUGAACUGGAUCAAAAGAGGAGAGAAGCUGAAACCGAACCCCAGGAGGGAAAAAGGAAAGUGGAAUCUCGGUGGCCCAUCUUCAGGAUCCAUCACCAGAAAGCCCACAAUGCCUUCGACCUCCUUUACAAGAGGAAAGGCAUAAGCAGAGAACUCUAUGAAUACUGCAUGAAGGAAGGCUAUGCAGACGAAAACCUGAUUGCAAAGUGGAAGAAGCAGGUACUCUGCAUUCAGACUCGGGACACCAACUUUGGCACCACCUGCAUUUGCCGGGUUCCCAAGGGCAAGCUGGAAGUGGGUCGCAUCAUCAAGCGCAUGCACUGUGGCUGCUGGGGUUGCUCUGGCUGA